CUUCUCCUCACUCCCAAUUCUCUCUCUUUCUUACCUCAAUUUCUUCCUAAUACAUUUUCAUCUUUUUCCACUGUCACAGCUUUAAGAGUACACGUGGCUCAGCCCUCGAAGCCCUUCAACGGAGUUCGAAUCACCACACCCAGAGGGAACAAAGGCGCGCUGAUUGUCUUUGCCGCCGUAGACGGCUCUAGUUCGCCCGCGGAAGCGCUUCCUCUCGCGGCGAGCGAGAAAGAAAGUGGCAUCAGUGUGGAUAAGCUUCCAUUGGAGUCGAAGGUAAAGGAGAGAGAGGAGCAGAAGCUGAGGAUGAAACUGGCGAAGAAGAUAAGGUUGCGAAGGAAAAGGCUUCUUCAGAAGCGCAAAUUGAGGAAGAAGGGUAGAUGGCCACCUUCUAAGAUGAAGAAAUUGAAGAUGUAUGAUAAUAUAUGAAAACUAUUACUUUAAUUUCAAUUGGCUUUAUGCAGAUUUAAGCUUGUUCUCAUUUUAUUUUCACUGCAAUUGUUUUGCUAUCCACCGUGUAUUUUGACUAAUUUAUUAAUUUUCAAUGCAGCG